AUGAACUUGCCAGAUGCACUGAAACAAUCAGGAAAUUCUCCACAGUCAGUACAGACCACUCUACACUAUUCCUGGGAUUAUGCCCAACAAGUUCACUUUCCUCACCAUGCUCAGCAAGUGGGACCCAUUUAUUUCAAAACACCAAGAAAAUGUAAUGUGUUUGGAGUCUGCUCAGAAGGAUCUGGAAAACAAAGUUUCUAUUUGAUUGAUGAAGCUGAAAGUAUUGGCAAAGGAGCACACUCUGUUGUUGGUAUGGUGCAUCACUAUUUCAACAAAUUUGGUCAUGGAGAGACUGAUGCUAAAAUCCAUUUUGACAACUGCACUGGUCAGAACAAGAAUAAUGUAGUAUUAUGGUAUGCAUUAUGGAGAGUAAUGACAGGAUUACACAAAAGCAUAGAAUACUCGAUGAUGAUUGCAGGACAUACCAAGUUUAAGCCUGAUUGGCAUUUUGGUGUUUGGAAGUUACACUGGAGAAAUUCAGCAGCAGAAACAUUAUCAGAGGUAGCUGAAACUGUGACAAGGUCCAGCAGAAAUGGACACAACAUACCACAAGUUGUAGGAAAUAUACAAGAUCCUGUAAUGUUUUAUGAAUGGAAGCCUUAUUUUCAACAGUACUUUAAAACUUUGAAACAUAUAACUGACUAUCAUCAUUUUUACAUGGAUUCACAACACCCAGGAGUAGUAAAAUGCAGAGAAAAUGCAUCUUCUGAAUCAUAUACAUUCAAUUUACUGAUAUGCAAAACUAAAACUCCACCAGGAGGUGAGCUUCCUCAACCAUCUAACAUCAAAUGA